UUUCCUUUUUUCUUUUCUUUAUAUCGUUACAAUCUCCUGCGAUAGAUCCAACGUUCAAGAAUAAUUUCCAUUUUUUAGUACGGACUCAACUUUUAAAAAACCCUACUAAAACUCUAUAAAUAUUUCAUGUUUCUUCUCUCUUUCACUACAAUUUCUUUUUUCCCCUCUUGCUGCAAUUUUCUCUAAGCUUGUAAUUAACUCAGUUCGUAUCUGAAGAAACCAUGGAGCAAAGUUCUGUUGUUGCAAAGAUGCAAUCAAACGAAGAGUUCGUCAAAUUCUUAGGAAAAGGUGCUUACGGUUCGGUUGAUCUCAUCAAAUACACUAAAACUGAUGGAUCCUCGUUUCUGGCCGCCGUAAAAACAUCUUACGCUGAGAUACUCGAAGAUUACAACGCUCUCAAAAGAGAGAUUCAGAUUUUGUCUGAACUCAAAGGAUAUCCGAACAUCGUUAUAUGUUAUGAAGACGAUUUGGAAGAAGGUUUCAACGAUCACGGACAUCAAGUUUACAAGUUGCUUCUCGAGUACGCAAACGAAGGGAGUCUACGUUCUUUCAUGGAAAAUUAUACGGACAAAAAGUUACCAGAUCCGAUGAUCAGAGACUUCACGCGUAUGAUUCUCGAAGGAUUGGUCUCAAUUCAUAGUCACGGUUAUGUUCAUUGCGAUCUCAAAUCCGAUAACCUUCUUAUCUUCUCUCGGAAAGAUGCUUCUUCGUACGAGUUGAAGAUUUCUGAUUUCGGAAACUGUAGAGAAGUCGGAGAAGUUCCGGAUCACUGGGAAAUUGAUUUCCCGUUUGUGGGAACGCCUAUUUACAUGCCGCCUGAGUCUCUCAUCGACGGUGCUGCCAAAAAAACCCUAGAUUUGUGGUCGUUAGGGUGCUUAGUGUUGGAGAUGUAUACAGGUGAGAAGCCAUGGGCAGGGGUUGGAAUUGUCGAUCUCGUGAAUUUUCUCAGUGAUGGUGAAGCUCCAGAUAUCCCUGAGUGUGUGCCUUGUGAUGCAAGAGAGUUUAUUGAAACGUGUUUCGCAAGGGAACAUGAGAAGAGAGGAAACGCGUCUGAGUUGAUGUUGCAUCCGUUUUUGUGUCCUGAAGAGAAGACGGAGAAGAUUGUUGUAGCCGUCGCUAAAGAAAAGAAAACCUUGCUGGUGAAGUUGAAGUUGAGAAUCAAACGAGCUUCGAAGAUAACAAUGGAUAUUCGAGAGAAGCCCUUGAAAUUGAAGAUGUUUCCAUCUAAGCCUACACAGCUUAAGAAACUUUUGAGUAAACUCUUGAGGUUGAAGAAGAUGAUUCAUCCGAAACCAUUGGAUUCUAGUUUAGUUUCUUUCAGUAGUGAUCUCUGUUUAGUUUAAGUGUGUAGAUCACAAGUUACAUGUUUAUGCAAGUAACUCAUCCAUAUCAAUCUGUAAUU